AGUAUCAACAAGUUGUUUGGCCCGGCGUAUGUUUUGUUAAUUUUUUUGAUUUGCAAAAAUCUCCAAAUAAAUUGAUUCCCAUUCAAAUUCUACAGUGUUUCAGUCUUUAUUUAGCUGAUAAAGUUUCAUUUCUGGGCAAAAUUUCAAUUGUGCAUCCAAUAAUUUCUACAUAAUUGCAAUUAUUGUGAUUGAAUCCACGCCAAAAAAAAGUGUGGAAAAAAGACAAAGUAUUAAAGCAAGUGUUAGUGUCACAUUCGGUCACAUUCGAUUUUCACGAUUGAGCAUAGGAUGUCGGUCUUCAAUCCAUUAACCAGCGACUAUUCAACUCAACUAUUCGCGGCGAUCGGAAAGAAGUUGUACAUGAACUCUGAAUCGGCCGAUGUUCAUUUUGUUUUCGAAGCAAAUGAUGACUACGAACGAGUCCCGGUACACAAAGCUCACUUAAUGAGCGGUAGCGAUGUCUUCGCCAAAAUGUUCAAUGGAUCGUGGAAGGAGAUGGAUAAGGUGAAGAUUGGCGAUGUGUCGGCUUCUGCCUUUAAGGAAUUUCUCCAAUUCUUCUACUUUGGCCGAGUCAAGCUAACGAUGGAAAACGUCGCUGCAGUGAUGAAUCUCGGUGAAAUGUACAAUGUGACCGAGUGUUUGGCGGCAUGCAGUAAAUUCCUGAAAAACAACAUCAGCAAUGAAAACGUCUGUCGAAACUAUGAACUGGCAAUCUUGCUCAAUCAAGAAGGAUUGAAAAAGGCAUGUGAAACAUUCAUUGGAGUGAAUAUCAAAGCAGUGUUCCAGUCAACAGACUUCCAGACAUGCGAUCGACAGAUGUUGGCUCAAAUACUGAAGCUGAAUUGGAUGUCAUGCACUGAGGUUGAGCUCUUUGAGGCAUGCAUGUCGUGGGUCAAAGUGGCUAGCAAACAGGAUGUUUUAACGAAAGAGAUCGUACAAGCUCACCUCGGCCAUUUGUUCCAUGAAAUUCGCUUCGGUUCGAUGUCAUUACAAACGUUUGCUGCACUGAUUCCAACGUAUGGGUGCACAUUUUCGCUUGACGAACACCAGGAAAUCGUGCAAAUGUUUGCAAAUGUUGAAUUCCAGCCAACAAUCUUUGGUGGAAAUCGUGUCGCAAGAUGCGAUUCCCCAAUACCAUGGCUUGAAAAUCAUGACAUUCUCUGUGAACGACUAGUUUCGAUUCUUUGGUCAUCAGUACCAUAUCGCAUCAAAAACUUAGAAACAACUGUUUUCUCAACCAACGAAACUAUUUUACUAGGGGGAUUCAGCUGUUGUAGGGUGCUUAAAUUUCUCAACAAUCGAUAUUUUGCGCUUGAAGGCGACGUUCCAACAAAUAUAACAAUCGCAGAAGUGAGUGACCCGAACAAAAAAGUUAUUGUUUCCAAUGCAAAUGGAAUUUUAAAAUCCACAGAAAAUUUGCGUAUUUCACUUACUAAACCAAUUAUCGUUAGACCUGGUUUUACGUAUGAAAUUCAUUUGGAACAAUCUCCCCCAGAAAAUUGUUAUACAAGUGGUUUAAUGAAGUCAAUGGUUGAAUUGGAAUCCGGUAUAAUUAUACAGUUCCAUCGUGAUUUCGUUCAUGUGGAUGAUCCUAUUGUAGCAAGAGGAUCAAUUUAUGAACUGCUUUUCAAAAAAAUUUGAUACACAUUUUACAUUAAAUAUUUUCAUGCAUUAAUAUAAUGGGCUCAUUAUUAUUAUAUAUAUGUUUAAAUGAGAAUUGCCAUGAAAUAGUAUUCACUGAACACCGAAGAUGUAAUUAGACAAUUAAAUGACUCAUUUUGUUUCUUCUUCUAAAUGUCAAUUCACUUGCUCAUCAAAAUAUUACCUUAUCAAUUUUUCUUCGCGCCAAAUCGUGCUUUUUUUCAUACACUUCCUAAUACCAUUUUCAAUAAAGAUUACUAAAGCCAUAUAGUUCAUUGUGUUUUUCAUUCGAUGUGUAGAACUUAGAAAUACUCCAGGUCGUUGGUCAGACUUUUUCCAUUAAAUAUAAAAAUUCGAUUCAUCAAUGUGUGAAAUUCUCGCAAAAGAUCGUCAGUGUUGACUCAAUAUCGAAAUUAAUAAAUACGUUGUGUGAAUUUUUAACAACGUAAA